AUGGGAAAGCACUGGACCCUACUGAGCGUGUCCCUCUUCAACUGCCUCCUGUCCACAGCAUGUAGCGUGGGCCUGGCACUGGCCAUCGCCCUCACUGUUCACAGCCGGGGCAUGCACCUUCUCAUGGGCUGCAACAGCUCUGUGCUGCCUGCUGAUGCCCGUGCAGCCAUAGCGACCAACGACUGUCCGUUCAACACCACACGCAUCUAUGAGAGGGCCUCCGACCCUCUGCAGGACACAGCCCUGGCCCUCUGGUUCUCCUCCAUGGUGCUGGCAGCCGCAGAAGCUGUGCUGUCUGGCCGGUGCUGUUUGGUGGCCCUGAUCUUCCGGGGCGUUGGGCCCUGUGCACGCAGCUACGGCAAGGAGCAGCUGGCUGGGCCAAGUACAGUGAAGGAGGGGCCACCACGUGAGAUGCAGCAGCUCCUGGGUGGGCUGGCUGAGUCUUGUGCCUAG